AUGUCUAAUAUGGCAGGAUCGAGUACCUCUGAGCUGCGAACUCCAAUUUUCAAUGGAGAAAAUUAUGAGUUCUGGAGUAUCAGAAUGAAAACUAUUCUGAAAUCUCAUGGUUUAUGGGAUCUGGUUGAGAAUGGGUUAAGUGACCUAGAUCUGAAGAAGGAGAAAGAGGAGGCUGUAGACACUGAGAAGUCUAUGAUGGUGAUGAUGAAGGAUGCUCGUGCACUUGGACCGAUCCAAAGCGCUGUUUCAGAUCAGCUAUUUCCAAGGAUUGUGAAUGAGGAAACUUCGAAGGGAGCGUGGGAUAUUCUGAAGCUGGAAUUCAGAGGAGAUAAACAGGUACGAAAUGUCAAAUUGCAAGGGCUACGUAGGGAAUUUGAAUAUACCCGCAUGAAGGAUAGUGAAUCUUUAUCUGUAUAUCUGGUUAGGUUGUUUGAUAUAGUAAAUCAUAUGAAGAGUUAUGGUGAGGAACUAUCUAGAGAGAGAAUUGUCCAGAAACUAUUGUUUAGUUUACCUAAAUCUUAUGAUUCUAUCUGCUCUGUAAUUGAACACUCUAAGGAUCUUGAAACACUUGAGGUUCAAGAGGUUGUUGCUUCACUGAAGAGGUUUGAGCUCAGAUUGGAUAGACACACUGAGAAUUCUACAGAAAAGGCCUUCACUAGUCUGAAUGUUGGUAGGAAAAACCUUGACCCUAGUCUGAAUGUUGGUAGGAAAAACCUUGAAAAUGGAAUUGCUUCUGCAGAUCAAAUAUCUCAGAAAAAUUGGAAAUCCAACGAUGGAAACAAAAUGGCCUGCAAACAUUGUGACAGAUUUCAUUAUGGAAAAUGUUGGUAUGAAGGAAAACCUAAAUGCCAUGGUUGUGGGAAGCCUGGACAUAUGAUCAGAGAUUGCUAUGGACACAAGAAUGUGCAGAGAGUGAAUUAUGCAAAUCAGGAGGAAGAUUGUGGCACUUUGUUUUAUGUGUGUAAUGCUGCAACUGAUGUGAAGGUAAAUCACUCUUGGUAUAUUGACAGUGGUUGUAGUAACCACAUGACAGGAGAUGAGGGACUUUUGGUCAAUAUUCAAAGGAAUUUGAGCUCUAAGGUGAAGAUGGGAACUGGAGAAGUGGUCCCAGUUGCUGGAAAAGGGAUUUUGGUGAUAAAAACUAAGUUAGGCAAUAAGCACAUUCAUGAAGUAAUGCUUGUCCCUGGCCUUGAAGAAAAUCGGCUUAGUGUUGGGCAAAUGAUGGAACAUGGCUAUCACCUUGUGUUUGGAGGAAAUGAGGUGAGUGUUUAUGACAAUCAGUCACUAGAAAAUCUGAUUGUGAAGGUGCAGAUGACAAAUAACAGAUGCUUUCCAUUGACAAUGAUGCCUGCGAGUGAGUUGGUUCUAAAAGCAAGUGUCACACAUUGCUUGCAGACAUGGCAUAAGAGGCUAGGGCAUUUAAAUGAAAGAAGUAUAAAAUUGCUUGAGAAUCAAGGGAUGGUUCAUGGCUUACCUCACUUGGAGCAGAAGUCAGUUGUAUGUGAUGGUUGUAUGCUUGGAAAACAGCAUAGGGAUUCUUUCCCUUUGGAAUCCACUUGGAGAGCUUCAAACCCUUUGGAAUUGGUUCACACAGACAUCUGUGGACCAAUGAAAACAGAAUCAUUAUCUGGAAACAGAAAAUUCAAAGCUAUGACUGAGCUGCAAAGUGGGUAUAAGAUAAAAGGCUUGAGAAGUGACAGGGGUGGAGAGUUUCUAUCUGGAGAAUUCAACAAGUUUUGUGAGGAAUCUGGUAUUCAAAGGCAGCUAACUAUGGCAUAUUCUCCACAGCAAAAUGGAGUGGCCGAGAGGAAGAACAGGACAGUAGUGGAAAUGGCCAAGUCCAUGUUGCAUGAGAAAGGUGUUCCCUAUGAGUUUUGGGCAGAAGCUGUAAAUACAGCAGUCUAUUUGCUGAAUAGAUGUCCUACCAAGGCUCUUAACAAGAUAACACCAUUUGAAGCUUAUACUGGCAGAAAACCAGGAAUUGCCCAUUUAAAAAUAUUUGGAUCACCUUGUCAUAUGCUUAUUCCUUCAGCAUUGAGGCAUAAGUUUGAAGAAAACAGUCACAAGUGUAUUUUUGUAGGCUAUGGUCUCUGUGAAAAGGGAUAUAGGCUGUUUGAUCCAAGUACUAGGAAGAUAAUUAUGUCCAGAGAUGUGCAAUUUGAUGAAAAUGGCUUAUGGAAGUGGGAAAAUACAAAUGAAGAAGAGAUGGUAGUUCCUUUGCCUACUGAGAAUCAAAGCUGUGAACCAAGUCAAAGCUUGGAUACAUCACUGCAAAUGAAUGAAGAAGUCACAUUACGAGCUGAACCAAGUCAAAGCUUGGAUACACAAACUCAAAUAGUUGAAGAUACCACUCUGCAAGAUGAAGGCAUAGGUGAAAGUUCUCAUUUCUUUGAUCACACACCAAAGAAAUGGAGAAGUGUAAGUGAAAUCAUGGCUAAGUGUAAUGUGUGUAUUGUGGAACCUGAAAAUUAUGAAGAUGCAGCUCAAGAUGAGUCAUGGAGAAAGGCAAUGGAAGCUGAACUGGAAAUGAUAGAAAAAAAUGACACUUGGGAACUUGUCGAGAGACCAUUUGCUAAACCCGUGAUUGGUGUUAAGUGGGUCUACAAGACUAAACUGAACCUAGAUGGUACUGUGCAGAAAAACAAGGCUCGUUUAGUGGCUAAAGGCUACUCACAAAAGCCCGGUAUUGAUUACAAUGAGACUUUUGCCCCUGUGGCAAGGCUAGACACCAUUAGGACUUUGAUUGCUCUUGCUGCACAUAAGGAAUGGAGCUUGUAUCAACUAGAUGUGAAAUCUGCAUUUCUUAAUGGAGUUUUAAAAGAGGAAGUAUAUGUGGAGCAACCACAAGGAUUUGUAAAGAAGGAUGAGGAAACAAAGGUAUACAAGUUACACAAAGCUUUGUAUGGUUUGAAGCAAGCACCAAGAGCUUGGUAUGACGAGAUUGAUGCCUAUUUCAACAAGGCUGAUUUCAAGAAAAGUCCAAGUGAGGCAACUUUAUAUGUUAAGGCAGAAGGUUCAGAUGUUCUUAUUGUUUCUCUAUAUGUUGAUGACAUAGUAUACACGGGUAGCAACUCUCAAAUGAUUGAAGAAUUUAGGAGAGAUAUGAUGGAACACUAUGAGAUGACAGAUUUGGGAGUAUUACACCAUUUUCUUGGAAUGGGGGUGAUACAGUCUAAACAAAGGAUUUUCUUGCAUCAGAAGAAGUAUGGACAGAAGCUGGUUGAAAAAUUUGGUUUGAAAGAUUGCAAAAUAGUGGCUACACCACUUGCAAUGAAUGAGAAGUUAAGUAAGAAUGAUGGAAGUGAGGCUGCAGAUGAAGGAGAAUAUAGACAAAUUGUGGGCAGUUUCCUCUACUUGACUGCAACUAGGCCUGACAUAAUGUUUGCAGCUAGCCUCUUGGCAAGAUUCAUGCACAAUCCCACCAAGAAACACAUGGGAACUGCUAAAAGGGUAUUGAGAUACAUUCAAGGAACAAUAGACUUUGGAAUUGUAUUUGAGAAAGGAAAAGAAACUACUCUUAUUGGCUAUUGUGAUAGUGAUUGGGCAGGAAGUGAAGAUGACAUGAGGAGUACCUCAGGGUAUGUUUUUACUAUGGGAUCGGGAGUGUUUUCGUGGGCUUCAAUUAAGCAAAAUACAGUUGCUUUGUCUACAGCAGAGGCAGAAUAUAUAAGUGCUGCAAAGGCUACUUCUCAAGCAAAGUGGCUGAGAUUUGUACUUGAAGAUUUUGGAGAAGAACAAAUUGAAGGAACACAGAUAAUGUGUGAUAACACAUCAGCAAUUGCUAUGGCAAAGAACCCUGUUUUCCACCAGAAGUCAAGGCACAUUAACAGAAAGUUUCAUUUCAUUCGAGAAGCAAUUCAAGCCAAGGAGAUAGAACUUGUCUACUGCAGAACUGAGGAGCAAAUUGCAGAUAUUCUGACUAAAGCUUUGCCUAAGGACAGGUUUGCAUACUUAAGGGAAUUACUUGGUGUUAAGUCGGCUAAAGGAUUAGAAGGGAAUGUUGGUGUGUAA